AUGGAGCGCUACGGCCUUAGAACCAGGCCUUACUCCUCAUCAUCGUCACCAUCACCCUCAUCCUUCAUGUGCUCCAUCUUCACCACCACCGUGAAUGUGGCUGCCAAAACCCUAGUCUCCGCCGCCUCUCCCUCCAAAAGCCCCCUCCCCUCCACCGACAGGUGGCUGCUCUCCGACCACCUCCGCUUCAUGGUCAUGCUCAUGGCCUGGGUCACUCUCUGGUUCCUUAGGGUCCUCACGGACCACUUCCCCAGCUUGGGCGGCCACCUCCAGUAUCCGCUCCAGUCAGCUCGGCUAGCCUCCGGCGUCCCCGGAGCCUUCAACUUCCCGCCUUUGCUCACCUACCCGGCAGCAGCAACCUCGGCGUCAGCGCUGGCACUACCGUCUUCUUCCUCCUCGCUGGAGAUGAUCCUGCGCGAGGAUGUGGAUGGUCCCUCCAUUCGAGCCCUCGGCCGAGCUCUUUCCCACAUCUUGGCGCUGUUGAACGACAUCCCCGCCUCGUCGAGGAAGUACCAGUUCGCAAUGUCCAUGGCCGAUAGGAUCCUGGAGGAGAAUGCGAGGGAGGGACACGAAGACCUCCUGGAGAUCAAUCGGAUGGCCCUAGCUUCGGCAUUCUCACGCACCUCGAGCCUCCUCUACAGCUCCCUCCAGCAAACCCAAUUAAAGGGUAACAACUCGAGCGUGUUUCCGACAAGCAUUAUCCGUGCGCUCCCUAUGGGCUCCUACAUCAACUCCUAUCUCAAGGGGGUCAACGUGUGUGUUGGCGCUGUGGUCCGGUACAUGAAGAAUGGCACGCUUCCAUGGCAUGGCAGCAGGCAACUCACAGGAGCCGCUGGCAUGGACGAAGGGGAGAUGGCAGCGGAGAAGCUGGCGCAGGAGCUGCUCUGGAUAACUAACAAGCUCAGGGAGUUUGGAUCUUUGGACGAAGUGUUGGAGCAAUGGAGCUUUGCCUCAGGAUUGGCUUCUCUUUGUCUUGGUGCUAACCCUAGAGUCCAAGGCUUCAUCAUCAAGAUCUUUGCUAUUUUGUCCAGCGAGCUCCGGCAGGAGAGUGCAUUCAUAUCGAGCGAGGUGAAGUUCGGGCUCCUCAGCCUCUGGCUCCCGCUUUGCUGCCACGGGAGCAACGGCCUCGCCUACCCCGUCAUGACAGGCCUUGAGAAGGUCGAGGCCGAGCGGGCGAUGGACGAGGUGAUCUCGAGCCUGCCCGCUUUCGACCAAGAAGUGAUCCUCACGAACUGGUUCCAGGAGUUCACCGUCUCCUCCUCGGACUGGCCAAACCUCCAGGCCUCCUACAAUCGCUGGUGCCAGUUUACUCGCAAGCUUGCGUAA